AUACCAUCUUUUCAAUAAAAUCCCAACGGGUCAAUUCUUACACUUUUUAAUGCUAUUUUCGCUUUGUUCUUUACUUCACCCGUAAUAGAAACCAAUUCACUUUGAUUCGCCAGUGUUUAAUUUAGUUAAGCGGAGGAAAAACUUUUUAACGUGUUCACUAGAGGGUCUAUCAAAUGUGUCAUAUUUUUUAAGUUGACUGCCAGAUUAAAUACAUUACACGGACUUACCGCAUCGUUUUAACUGAUUGGGCGCUGUAAAUAAAGGAAGGCAUAUUUUGUGAUUUCUCAGAAAUAAAUUCAAGGAGUAGAAGAAAAGAAAACUAAUUUAUAAAGUAUCAUAAUGAGUGCUGUGAAAGUUAAACCUAUUGUACCGAUUCCAAAACGGACUCAUGGAUUUUCUAUAGACUCUAUAAUGAGUCGAGAUGACCGUGAUAGAAAUCAUUCUUCGUCGGAAGAUAGCGAUAUCGGUGAAGAACAACGUGGACACUCGCCGACGACUGACGACGAUAUAUUUUCCGUUGGGUCUCGAAUCCCACCAUUACAUCCAUCAUUACCGGCUCAUGUGCAACAGUUAUUGUUACGUGAAGCAAGCAGCCAUGCCGGCAGACCUAGUCCCGAGCAUUUACUUGCGUUGCAGUCCCAAGCCUGGGCGUUCGGAAACCAGCAAGUUGGCUCGUUUCCGGGACUCGGGCUGAACGCUGCAGGUAUUGGUGGUAUUCCUUCGCAGAUGGGACCCAGAGGGCCCCUCCAGCCUGGCUUCUCAACACAUCCAAGUAUUUUAGCAGCCGCUGCCAUGGCCGGAAGAGACCCACUGUCCAUGUGUCCUCCAUGGAUGAUGAACAAGCACGGACAUGGCUUACUCGGCUAUCCUUUUGGUCAUCCAGACGCCGGUAUGUUCUUUCACCCGUACCGAAAGCCGAAACGUAUCCGGACAGCGUUUUCUCCGUCACAACUCCUGAAGCUUGAACACGCUUUCGAGAAAAACCAUUACGUGGUUGGACAGGAAAGGAAGGAGCUUGCAUCAAAACUCAGCCUUACAGAGACCCAGGUAAAAGUAUGGUUUCAAAACAGAAGAACAAAACAUAAACGUGUAAAGUCUGAUGACGAAGGUGAUGGAGAUGCGGACAAUGAUAAUGAAGAUAUAUCAGUAGACGAUGAAGACAUAGCAACUUCUUCUGGAUUAGACAGGGAGCUAUCGUGAUACUACGUUUGUUGUUAAAGAAAGAGGAGAAUAAGUUGAACAGUGACACCUCUGAAUGAUAAGCUUGGGCUAGGAAGAUCAGGCAAAAGUUCGCUAAUUUGUAUAACUUUGGAUGGUAUUGUUUCAAACAUAACGAAAGAGAGGACAGAUUGCUUAUAUGAAUGCUUAAGCCGAAUAUCUUGGAGCAUUGAACACAAUAGGCAUUGACGUAAUUAAGAUUGUAAAAUACGACUUACAAAACAAUACUUUUGAAAGUAAAAUAUUUUUGAAUUCAACCAAAAUGAUAUUUGUAAUUAUACAUACCGAAAGUAUAUAAACAACAUAUUUGAAAGGUUUUUGCAGAUGAAAUUGCAACGAACGCAAAAAUAUUAAAACGUGUUAUGCAGAAGACAUUGCAACGCGAAAAUAUUCCAAAAAUGUUUUGCAAAUGAAAUUGCCACUGAAAAUGUUUGAAAUGUUAUGCAAAAGACAUUGCAACACGAAAAUAUUAAAAAAAAAUGCAGAUGAAAUUAACACGUGAAAAUAUUUGAAAUGUUUUGCAGAUGAUAUUGCAACGCGGAAAUAUUUAAAAUGUUUUGCAGAUAAAAUUGCAACUUUCUCGAUAUUGUACUGGGACAAUUUUACAACACAGCGUCGAGCCGAGAAGAGUUCUAUCACUGAACUAUUAUAUGGACCUACAUUUGCUAUUAAAUUAGUUGUUCUAAACAAAAAAAUAUUUCAAAUUAUGAUAUAUCGUACACGAUAUGUUUAUAAUAAAACUGUUUUUAUCAUCAUUGCGUAAUGGAAAUGAUACAGAAUUCCCACACAAAUCUCUUUUUCUUUGUAUGAUUAUGUUGUCACAAAUAGAUAUCUGUUAAAUAAAUGUAUGUUUUGUAUAUAUUAGAUUUAAAUCACCACUAAUGACGACUAUAUUUUAUUUUGCAAAUAUAAAGACAUUUUAUAUUCUCUCACAUAUUUGUUUACUUGUUGAUUGUCAUACACAGAAUAAAGAUGAAAGUCAUAAUGA